AUCCUGAUGUUUCCUAGAAGAUGGACGUCUGACUAUUCCUUGAAAUCCUUAGGGCUACCUCGACAUAUGCUUUUGCCUAUCUGCCGCUCUACCACCAUUAGGCGUCCAUCUCGCAGGAGAAUUGGAACAGGCGCAAGCACUCCUAUCAUAAUUGUUCGGUAACGGGCCAUUGCUUCGACACCAGGACCGAGAGUCGCAUCCGAGCUUGGUGCACGCUGCAGCGAUAGGAACCAGCUUGAACACCAAGUACCGAACCUACAAUACAUUCCCCCCUCUGACGACUGGCGACCAGUAUGGCACUAUCGCGUCCAGAGCCGAUGAACGCGUCGCCUCACCACUCCAAGGUGAAGGUGUCCUUGACCAUGUCCGAUUCCUUGUACAUCGCGGGUGGUGCGAUUACGGGAAAGAUGCAAGUUGAAUGUCGCACGGACAAAGGCCUGGGGUUAGGCGUCAUGAUGGUGGAGUUAUACGCGAUCGAAGAAUUAACAUCCCGAGAUCACUCUGCUACGUCCACGUUUCUGCGCAGCAAACGGCUCUUCCAAGGACAAGGACUGCCGCCUUCGAAUGCUGUCCUUCCUCAUCCCCUGCCCGGAGAGCCGCCACUACCGGCGCACUACUUUCAGGCCCGCAAGGGAAUUACCACCUACCUGUUCCGUUUUCCCAUCCCAGAGUCCUCCCCAUCUUCUAUCAAUUUUGGCUCUGGCCUCGCAACCCUGCGAUACGAAGUACGCGCUAGUGUGGGUGUCGCGUGGAAGGGCGAACGUCGCCUGGUCACGGACAAGAAGGACGUGGAUGUAGUGGAAGCAUUUGAUGGUGACCCUGAUAGAGUAUCCCCGGAGGCAGUAGUUGUCGGCGAGGGUGGAAAGAUCUGGGCGCAGGGAAGGGUCAUGGGCGGCGUGGUUGCGGCGGGCCGGGGUGCUUGCGUUGAGCUGCAGGUCAAGAAUCAUUCUGCGAAGAAGAAUACAGGCCUAUCAGUUACGCUGACGCGACAUUUGCAUCUGCCGAACCUGCCCCCGAACGAGAAGUCCCCCCUCCAGAUAUCGGACACCUUGACACAUGUGACGUUCAAGGGGCCCGAAUACAUUGCGCAGCCGGGGACGGAGGGGAUCGCCACCUUAGUCUUCGACAUCCCCAAAGAUGCUAGGAGCCUGAAAGGCGGUUGCAGGGAGGACGACGAGGAAGAGGGCCGAACCACGGAACCGCUAUUCGAAGUCCGCGCCGUUAUUGGCGUGAAGAUCACUAUGGGAAUUGGAAGCAAAGAUAUAUACAUGGAGCUACCGGUGACUAUCGUACACCCCGAUGUUCUACCCCCAGAACCUGUACUGGGUCACUAUGGCUCGCCUCCGUUUCUACCUUACGGUAUUCCGGAGCCCAUCUCACCACCCAUGUCGACCGUCCCGUAUCCUGAACGCGCGCAGAGUCCGUACGCCUAUCCCGCGUUGCCGAUUUCCCCUGUACCUCCGUUCAUGCAGCCGCUGCCUAACUCGGUAUGGUAUCCGCCCCACCCCAGCCAAACGCCAAUGCCGUACCCGUAUGUGGCGUCGCCAGUUAUCGACCCGCAGCAGCCAUACUUCUAUCCGCCACCGCCUAUGUUCCCUCCGAUCACUGCAGCUGUGCCUCCGCGGCCCUCGAGCGCUGAGCCGGUCCCGUCGCAACCGCUUUAUAACUUGCCAUCUGGGUUGCCUAGCGCGGCUGUCACGCAGCCACCGCCUCUGCCGCCCUUGAACGUCGUUGCACGAACGCAUCCAGCCGCUGUUGAAGCUGACAUCGAUGGCCAAGAAGGGAAGGGCGAGCGCGCGUCGAGGGUAUCGCGCCAUCUGCGUUUAUCCUCGAGGCACCGCUCGGUCUCGCCGCCGUCUCACCGGUUCGCUCUUCCCGCUGCUGUCCCCGUGCCCAUUACCAUGCAGCAUACUGCUGCGACGUCAGGCGGGCACCUCUCUCCGAAUAAGCUAUCGACAUCUCCCGCUGAGAUACUGUCGCCGCGUCCUAUGCCCUCGCCGAAGCACACGGUCACGGUCGACCCGUUCACGCGGCUGUCGCUGACGAAGUCGGAGCGCGUGGACCUGCUCGAGAAGAUCGCGGCGGAGGUGGACGAGCAGAAUGCGGAUAUGUCGAGGGAUAUCCCGAAGGAUAUUGGCGUCGCUGCCGAGGUGGACAAGACGCUCCCUGGUCCUCCCGUUCCUUCUGGGAAGGAUAAAGCACUGUCUGCCAUGGCGUCAAGGCCUAAAGCAGCCGAACUGUUUGCUGCUGUAGCUGAUGCUCCUGCUGACACAGACGUGACGCCUCCGACGCCGGCCUUGCACGCCGUCUCGCCUAGCAAAGGGGCGCGGAAUGCCCAGCUAGCUCAGCCGAGUGGGCUGGACGUGCUGGAACAGAAGCUGCUGGAACAGGUUGGGACGCGGAAGCCGAAGGAGGAAGAGAAGCGGCCGGACGUGCGGAGUAUCCUGCCGAUUGCUAUUCCACCACGACCAACCGAUAGCUUGGAUCCCGUGAAUGAUUCUGCGAUUUCUAGUCUGACGCUCACGGGCUUCGGGGGCGAAUCUGAGGACCCGACCCAUCGUGCCCAUCCUCUCAGCGGGAAGACGAGCCAUUCUGCGGAGGAUCGAGAGGACAAGGGGCGGCAGCGAAGUGAUAGGACCUCCAAGGAUAAAGCAAGUGAGAAGGAACGCCGGAGCGGGAAGAAGAAAGAGCGUGGUGGGCGGGAGGUGGAUGCGUAUAAGCUGAGGAAGGCUGCGAAAGGGAGGGUGGCGGAGUGGUUAGGACGGAUUGAUCCUGAGGUUCCGCCGCUUGUGGAUACGCCUCCCCCGGGUACACCUACGCCUGACUUACACCCUCCUGCGGAUGCGGUUUCGGCGAACGUGUCCCCGGCUUUGUCGGGUAGGAGCUUAAGCGAUGAUGCGAAACCACCCACGGUAGUACAGGAUUUUCCAAAGGAAGAUAAGCCACAGGCCGAUGCAGCUAAGAAUGUGGAUCCUGCCACAGACCGCGAGAGUGAAGCUGUCCAGAAGAGCGUUGACGCCUUGCCAAAUCCCCGAUCCUCCGGAUUCAUGCCUGUAGCAACAUACCGGGCAUCAAGGCUACGAAGUCAAGGUGUUAUACAUGAUGCGGUCGAUCAAGCACAGGCUUCUGCACCUCUUUCUCCUCCAAAGUCGCCUGUCGAUAAGGCUGCUCGCGAAGCAAAGAAGGGCGUGCUUGCGUCUCCUAAACCCCCUAUCAACUGGCCGCCUCCGUCGGAUUCUGGCGCCAAGUACGAUGUCCGCUCUGCUCGCGGAGGCAGAGGUGGCAAGGUCACUGCUAUUACGCAGAUUUGGUCCACCGCUAUGCAGAAUGGCAGUAGUGAGGUCAAGACGCCUGCGAAACCUGAGCCGCCGAAGCCGAAGCGGAUUGUGUCUCCCCUGGCAGCGUCUUUCCCCACCACUGAUGUGCAGAAUAACGAGAAGGCGAAAGCGGCGAAACUCAAUGGUGAUAGGACCAGACGAGAUCCAGUAGGGGAGUUGAAACCCAAGCCAGCACUGAUCAAUCGUUUGGAGAUGCCGUCACCCAGGGCUCCCGUAUCGCUGCGACCGCCGUUCGAGGGGAAGAAAUCUCCUUCGCCGGUAUCUGAGCCCACAAGCCUGGGUGACCUGACAGCAAGACGAGCUCGCAUGAUAAAGUCCACCUCUGUACCCGCCAUCUUGUCUUCCUCGCUGGCCAAGCCAACUCUGUCGUCCACUGCUUCUCUCGUGAAGCCGACGUUUGACAAGCCUAAACUGCCCAUGAAGAUCAUGCCAACGGUAGCGGAGUCUCUUCAUGGCCCCGAAUCCAAGAGUGCCCCUCCUAAAUCACCCCCGGCGGACUUGGCCUUUGGACAAGCUAGACUAAGAGACCUGAUCAAGAAAUACCAAGGACAAGCAAACUCAUGAUGACUGGACUGUUUAAUUUCGUCAUAUCUCUGCGGUUCUGUCUUCCAAUCUGCAACUAUGAUACCCAUUGGCUCUACAUUCGGACGUGUUGCUUCUGCGUUUCAAUUGACUUAUUUGCUAUCAUUUCGCUUCGUCAUACCGUGUUCUUGCCGGAAUAUAUCUAUACGACCAAUGUAACGACUCUCAUGAUAUACUAAUGCAAUUACCCG